AUGACGAUUAGAUGCUUCCACGGCGGAGAAUUCACAUGGGUACAAAAUAGCAUGCACUUUUAUGAUGAUGAAGUUCACCACAAAGUUGACAUGGUACAUAUAUUUUGGAUAGAAUUAGCGGAUCCUCCUGUGACACGCUGGACGGCGCGACGAUUGGGGGCUAGGCUAGGGCCUGGGUUGAUAUUGGCACCGUUGGUAGCUGGGGUUGUGUUAGUGGUAGUAGGAUGUUCGAUUGGUGGUGGGACUGGAAAUGUCGUCACCGUAGUUAGUGGGUCGGAGGAAUUUAAGCCGUCGGUGCCAGUAUCUCCGUCACCAUACGGGGAGACUAUGAUAAUUGCUAAUGCUGGGGAUUCCCGGGCUGUGUUGGGGAAAAGAGGAAGAGCUAUCGAACUGUCAAAAGACCACAAACCUGAUUGUACCUCCGAAAGGCUGAGGAUAGAAAAGCUCGGGGGUGUCAUUUGUGAUGGCUAUCUAAAUGGCCAACUCUCAGUUGCUCGUGCUCUUGGUGACUGGCAUAUAAAGGGCUCUAAAGGUUCAAAGUGCCCGUUAAGCCCUGAACCAGAGCUGGAAGAGGUGGUUAUAACUGAGGAAGACGAGUUCAUAAUAAUUGGUUGUGACGGUUUAUGGGACGUGAUGAGCAGCCAAUGUGCAGUAACUAUUGUAAGGAAGGAGCUGAUGCUGCAUAAUGAUCCCGAUAAGUGCUCCCGAGAGCUUGUGAGGGAGGCACUCAAACGCAACACCUGCGACAAUCUAACAGUUAUCGUGGCUUGUUUUUCUCCCAAUCCUCCACCUCGGAUUGAAAUUCCAAAAUCACAUCGGAGGAGGAGCAUAUCUGCUGAAGGGCUAGAUCUUUUAAAGGGUGUCUUGAGUAAUAUCUAA